AGCAGUUUUGGACUCUUUGGACUUACAGUCAGUGGGAGCUUCAUACAUCAGAGCCUCUGGUUCAGAGGUGGGACUCGUGGAACCAACGAUGAAGUCCCAACCAGGCAUGGCGACCAUGCUGCUGCCCAUCGCUCUCUGCCUUAGCCUGGUCACUGUGUGUUUCGGAGCUGCGGUUCCCUACGCAUGUGGUUUCAUCUACAAGAGUUUUGCUCAGUGUUUACUGACACUUGGAGACAGUUUGGUGGAUACACAAAAAGACCAGAGCACACAGGACAUUGAUUCAAUCUGCAGGUCCUGGAAUGCGUUCCAUGUCUGUGCCAACUCCGCCCUGGCCGGGUGUCCUGGUGAAGCAGCCGCCGUCUGGGAGUCACUAAGACAAGAGUCCAGGAAGACGGAAUUCUCCGGAAACCUCUAUGACAUGUGUGCCAGCCGCACCACCCUCCCAGCCAGCAUUGUGCCUGCGGCCCAGAGCCCCCCCACCUCCGACCAGACCAACCAGGAUAAACUGACAGGGCAAACGAAUAAGCACAGCCCCACCGCCAGCACACUGCUGUUACCUGUAUGCAGCACCUUACUCCUUCUGCUCAGGAGUUAAUUAACCCAAUGAGUCUUCCAGUCAGUCAGCCGGUCGUCAGCGUGCAGCUACACCAUCCAAACACACACGGGUAAACACGCCUCGUGAUUACAAAUCAAUCCUAAAAUAAGGAGGCAUUUAAUAGUAAUGUUGAAAUGGUCACGUCUUGCUCUAAGAAGUUGACACAGAAGUUGCUUUCAUUCUGACACAUGUUCAUGUUUAACUGUCUGUCUCACUUAAAAUUUAGUGGAUGAUUGAUGGUGAUUCAAUUUACUUUGACUAUUGCUUGGUCACAUUAUGUAGGCUGGAGUGAUGAACAGAUAAAGUCCCUCCGACUUGGCGGAAAGAAAAAUCUCGAAGUUAAAGUAGAAAGCUGUUUGUUUUCGUCCCUACUGCAGUACAUCAGGAAUACGGCCUGAUAUUUUAGGACAAAAGAGAUUUCCGUGGGGGGCCAGGUGUUCAGAAGUGCUCGUGAUCCAAUCAGGUGGGAUCCAGCGCAGAGUAUUACUACAGGCUGCAAAACUGUUUUUGUGCAGUUUAAUUCAUCAUCCUUUUUGACCAGUUUAAUAGAGGAACAUUAUAUUUUAUGUGGGAGCGUGCUUCACAGUGUGUGCAUGAUGUUGCAAGAUGUACUUUCAUGUGACCCCUUUCAGUGUUUUUCCAGUCCUUCUUGAA